CCCACACGCAAUCAGCCGCCAUUCAGACAAACGAAUGCGGAGCGGGCCGGCGUGCAGUGUGCCGGUGCAUCGCGACCUGCAGCCUGUCUCCCUCGCACCCCAACGAGGCGCUGCGUGAGUGCGAGAGAGACAGCGACGAAUGCGCGCCUUUCACAUAUCUAUUUUGGGGGUGGAGGACAUUUCAAUAGCCGACCCGACCCAGAAAAAAAAAACUUAACUUUUCCGGUAUUUGAACUUACGGCCCCGCGUCCUGUUGGCUCGUAUAAGUUUCAGUUUGAGAGCGUCAGGUGUGUUUGAUGCGCGUCCCACCUCGUGCUUCACGCUCCGCGCCCUGGACGCGGCAAAGUACGUGGAAAGGGCCGAGUGGAGUGGGCGGAGGGGGAAAGGGGCGGGUCCAAGUUGCCCCGUCGAAAGUAUGACAGUCACCUGCGAAGCGAAGCUCACGGCCCUGUAGGGAAAGUCGGGGGAAACUUGGCCAGUGUGGCCACCAGCGCCUCCUGACGGUUGGCCCCCGGCAUCAUGCCGGGAGACCAGAACCUGGUUCUGGGCAUCGACAUCGGAACAACGUCCGUCAAGGUAUGCCUGGUGGUGGCGGGCAAGACCGUCUCGGCGGCGGGCGGCGUGCUGGAGGGCGAGGGAGACAGCGGCACGGUGCUCGCCCGCCAGUCCAAGGACACGGCCGCGGACAUCCGGACCAACACCCCGAACGGCCAUGAGCAGAACGUGCCCAAGAUCCUGUCCACCCUGCACAACUGCAUCUCCAGACUGCCGAGGGACCUGCUCAGACAGGUGCGGCACAUCGGCCUGUCGGGCCAGAUGCACGGCGUGGUGCUGUGGCAGCAGGCGGCGGGCCAGCGGCUGUGCCUGGAGGAGCUGAUGCAGCCCGACUGCCCCGUCACCAUGUCGCCGCUCUACACGUGGCAGGACUCGCGCUGCUCGCCCGCCUUCCUGGCCGACCUGCCGCCGCCCAUGGCCGGCUCCGUGGUGCACUCGGGCUACGGCUGCGCCACGCUCUUCUGGCUCGCCAAGAACAGGCCGGAGGAGCUGGAGCGGUACUCGCACGCGGCCACGGUGCAGGACUUGGUGACGGCCAUGCUGUGCGGCCUGGACCGGCCCGCCAUGUCGGUGCAGACGGCCGCCAGCUGGGGCUACGUGGACGCCGCCAACGCCGCCUGGGAGGUGGACAAGCUGGCCGAGGCGGGCUUCCCCGUCCGCCUGCUGCCCGACGUGGUGCACUCGGAGAAGAGCGUCGGCAGCCUGGUGGAGCCGUGGGAGGGCAUCCCUGUCGGCACCAGCGUCGGGACCGCCCUCGGGGACUUCCAGUGCUCCGUGCUGGGCACCCUCCACGGCGCGCGCGACGCCGUCCUCAACAUCUCCACCUCGGCGCAGAUCGCCUUUGUGCUGCCCGAGGGCUUCCGGCCGGACGUCGCGGACUCGAGUUCCGGCUUGUCGCCGGCCGUGCUGUACUUCCCGUACUUCGAGGGCCGCUACCUGGCCGUGGCCGCCUCCAUCAACGGCGGCAACGCCCUCGCCACCUUCAUCCGCAUGCUGCAGCAGUGGACGCUCGACCUGGGCUUCCACGUGCCGCAGUCGGCGCUGUGGGAGAAGGCGGUGGCGCUGGGGCUGGCGGUGCCCGAGGACGCGCAGGCGGGGCUGGCCACGGUGAGCCCCACACUGCUAGGCGAGCGCCACACGCCCAACCUCCGCGCCGUCGUCAGCAACCUGGACCCCAGCAACGUGGGGCUGGGCGCCGUGUUCCGCGCGCUCUGCAAGGGCGUCGUCAGCAACCUGCACAACAUGAUGCCCCGCGAGGUGUUCGUGCGCCACGACGUCCAGAGGAUCAUCGGCGGCGGCUCGGCGCUCGUCCGGAACCAGCUGCUGCAGGCCGAGGUGGCCGCCGCCUACAAGAUGCCCGUCCACUUCACCCAGAGCGGCGACGCCUCGGUGGGCGCGGCGCUGGCCGCCAGCCUGCAGCACCCCGACCUGCGGCGCUCGCCCUAGACACUCGGCGAUGCCUGGCGCUUGCCAUGCUCGACCACUCAACACGCCAUUCCGAAGAAUCACUCUGUCUCUCUCGCACCCCUACGGGCGCCGCGUGAGUGCGACAGAGAGCGAACGACUCUUCGGAACCAGUCUGCAGGGGACGAGGCCCCGGGGGGCCAACUCCUGUACCAGAUGACCAGAUGACAUCUGACGAACGACCCCCCUCCGCGGGGGGCUCUUGCUCUUGGCUUCCCUCGCUCUAGAGGCAGGCAGGCCCUCCCUACAUAUCCAUGGGACUCUAUUUCCGGUAAUUGGCUCUCCCAUUUGCCACGACUUUUUGUUCUUCAAUUGUGGUGUAGCGAUUUCUUCAAAAUUUAGCACUUUUCUGUAACUUGGAUGCAUCCUUGACUCUACUCUAUAGGGCUAUGAAAUGUAAAGACAAGAAUAUUAAUAGAAAAAUAGUGGUUACUGCUUGGGAAACCUGCCCCUUCCUCUAGACCCAAAUGUAAUUUUCAACAUGUUGAAUCAGUUCCUCUUACCAUUCUUUGUUUUGUCAAAUGUAUGUAGGUGUAUGACCUUCUUAAUUAAUCUUGUCGGUUGGCCUCUCAGUUUUUCCUUGAAUUGCUCAGUAAUUCCUCAUCUUCGGACAACACCCAGCACCAACCAUUUGUUAUUAGAAUGAUUUCACUCAAGUAUAGGCAUUUUGUAAAGUUUACAUAGAUGUAUAGGAUGAUAUCAAAAAAGUUCUUGUGGAAGGUUAAGAAAAUGAUCUGUUCUGUUUAUUUGACAAAACACCUGCCAUCUACUGUAGUGAAAGUCCUUCGAAUCAAAUGUCAUCCUGUUUUACUGCCUACAUUUUUAUGCUGUUAUUACUUGGUCUUGCUUUUGUAUGCAUAAGAUGAAUCAGAAUUUAAUUUAUGCAGUGGAAGCACAUUUUUGGCUUCUCCGUUAAACUUGCCAUUAAUCAUUACUUUUAGAAUUAUUUUCUGCAUCGGUUGAUGAAUUUAUACAUACAACUACAUAUAAACUCACAGCAUCUUUCUCAGAGUUUUGGAGAUCAUACAUAGCCACUGUGAAGUCUCAUAAAAACGCAAACUAUGCAAAAAUCCUCUUUUCUACAAUGGGCCUAACUCAGGUUUAUUUUGGGAAUAUCAUGGAUGUAAAUGUGAUCAAUUCUGAUGCGCACUAUGAGGAAACCUGCAUUUUGUUGUAUGUAUGCUGAAGGCGUGCCUAUGUGCCUUGUUCAAGAGGAAAAAGAAAGGACCAUGAUCUCAAUUAAUACUCAAUAAAGAAAGUUAUGAAACGCCUAAUAUUA